UUUCCUUUUCUCAAUGCACGCACAAUAGCGGUCCGCUCUUUCUUCCUAAGUUUCUCUCCUCUUCUAGGGUUUCUCCCGCAACCAGCAAGGAGCGUUCUUCCUCUCAUCCCGCCCUCUCUCUCCGGGGAAUUCGACCCUCGUCGUCCUCCAAUGCGAGAAACCAAUGACCCCGAUUCUCCGGAGAACCCCAAGGAUCGGACGCCUAGGUCCUCUAAUUCUCCCAGCGAGGGCGCCGGUUCCGACGACGACUCGGCCCUCGAUGUCUCCGGGAAGAGCCUGGAGUUCUCCUUGCUCGAUAAAUCAAAUUUGUCGGUCAGGGACUUGUACCUGUACAAGAACGAGUUCAAUCUGCUCCCCAGGUGGGUGGGGCAGCUACAGAGGCUGAAGACGCUGAAGUUCUUCGCGAAUGAAGUGAAUUUAUUCCCGACCGAAUUCGCGAAUUUGGUGGGUCUGGAGCGGUUGCAGGUAAAGAUAUCACCACCUGGGUUGGAGGGGCUCCCGCUCCGCAAGCUGAAGGGCUUGAAGGAGCUCGAUUUGAGCAAGGCCCUGCGCCGGCCUUCCGUGUUCCCGUUGCUGACCGAGGUUGCUCAGCUUAAGUGCUUGACCAAGCUCUCUGUUUGCCACUUCUCCAUAAGAUGCUUACCGCCAGAGAUUGGCUGCCUUGAUAAAUUGGAGUAUUUGGAUCUUUCAUUCAAUAAGAUGAAGAGUUUGCCAAAUGAAAUUACUUAUUUAAAUUCCUUGAUAUCCCUGAAAGUUGCUCAUAAUAAGUUAGUGGAACUUCCUAGCAGUCUGGCAUCUCUACAACAGUUGGAGAACCUGGACCUGUCAAAUAAUAGGUUGACCUCACUGGGACCUCUUCAACUUGGAUAUAUGCGCAAUCUUCAAAGCUUAAACCUUCAGUACAAUAAACUUCUCAGUUGUCAAAUUCCAUCGUGGAUAUGCUGCAAUUUGGAAGGAAACGGCUGUGAAAUAUUAACUGAUGACUAUUCAAGCUCUUCAGUUGAAAUGGAUGUUAAUGACUCAAGCAUCCAAUUGCAUGAUGGAAUUCUUCCUUAUAAGGGAUGCUGCCAUGCCUUGCCAAGCUUGUUGUCUGCCUCUUCAUCGAGUAGUAGGUCAUUCUCAGCUCGAAGGUCAUCCAAGAGGUGGAAAAGGAGACAUUAUUUGCAGCAAAGAGCUCGGCAAGAACUUUUAAACAAAAGCAGAAAGGGGAAGGGUGAAAAGCACACUGAGAACUUAACUAUGAAGGCCACAAAACAUAACGAGUUACAAGAUGAAGACAUUCUUUCUCCUAAUAUUGAUGCUGAUGGGCAAAUUAGGACCCUUCAUGAUGCCUCUGAUAAAGAAUUACUUUCUGGGGAAGCUGGGGAAGAAAAUCUUCCUGACAGUGUUGAUGAGGAAAAGACUAGUUUGAAAUCUGACAUACUUAUUGAGAACUGUUCUCCCAAUUUUGACCGUGGAAGUAGAGCGGAAGAAGACAGUUGUGAGGAUGAUUCUGCCGUAUCUAGUGGCCCAGUGAAGCGAGAAUCUCAGAAAUCCAAGAGUAGUGCUAAGAUUAAGAGGCAUUAUGACAAGACUAUUGAAAAUCCAAAACCAUGCAAGUCUCGCAGGCCAGCUGAUGAGAGUUCAAAUCUGUCUUGUAAGUAUAGUACUAUGUCAUUUUGUAGUAUUGAAGACCCGCUACCAGAUGGCUUUUAUGAUGCUGGACGUGACCGGCCCUUCACGUCGUUAAGCACUUAUGAGCAAAAGUUGCAUCUUGAAUCGCGUGAAGUCAUUCUUAUGGACAGGGGAAAGGAUGAAGUGCUAGAUGCAAUUACACUCUCUGCACAGGCACUGGUGUUUCACUUUAAGCGCUUGAACUCUUUAAAAGAAGAUGAGAAUCAUGACGCUUUUGACAACCUACAGAUUGCAUCGUUGCUUGCCUUGUUUGUGUCGGACCAUUUUGGUGGCUGUGACAGAAGUUCGAUUAUUGAACGGAUGCGAAAGGCUGCAUCAGGCUCAAAUUACAAGAAACCUUUUGUUUGCACCUGCUCAACUGGUAACAGUGACUGCACUGACACUCCAGCAGAGAACAAUCUUUAUGAUAAUGAGGAUUUUGUAUUUGCCAAUCUUUGUGAGAAAUCUCUUCAUUCUAUCAAAGUCAGACGAAAUUCCAUCGUUGUUCCAAUAGGGACUUUGAAGUUCGGUAUCUGUAGGCAUAGAGCACUGCUAUUGAAGUAUCUCUGUGAUAGGAUGGAGCCUCCGGUGCCUUGUGAGCUUGUGAGGGGCUACCUUGAUUUCUUGCCCCAUGCAUGGAAUGUUGUUCUUAUCCGGAAAGGUGAUUCCUUGGUCCGUAUGGUUGUGGACGCAUGCCGCCCACAUGAUAUUCGAGAGGAGACAGAUCCAGAGUACCUUUGCAGGUACAUCCCUCUCAGUCGAUCUAAAAUUCCUCUGUCAACGGAGACGGCAAUUGGUGCUACCUCCUUUCCCUCUCUUUCCACAUGUGAUGAAAUUGCACAGGUGGCUUCAACUUCUCUUGUUCGUUGCUCUUAUGGUUCUACUGAUGUUGUCGCCAAGGUUCGCACCUUAGAAGUAGGUGGCAAUGCAUUUGAUGAUAUCAGGAACUUCGAGUACAAUUGUCUAGGGGAGGUGAGAAUUCUGGGUGCCCUGGAGCACCCAUGCAUUGUGAAAAUGAUUGGGCAUCAGAUGUAUUCGAAGUGGGUAAAUGGUGUCGAUGGGAACCCUGAGCGCCGUAUAUUAAGGUCUGCAAUUUAUAUGGAGCACAUAAAAGGCGGGUCAUUAAAGAAUUAUGUGGAGAGCCUGUCAAAGUCUGGUAAGAAGCAUGUUCCAGUGGGCUUGGCUCUGGUAAUUGCUAGAGAUGUUGCUUCUGCAUUAGAGGAGCUGCACUCAAAGCAUAUCAUGCACCGUGACAUUAAGAGUGAGAAUGUUUUGGUUGAUUUGGAGUCUAAGAAGCCCGAUGGGACACAUGUUGUGAAGCUUUGCGAUUUCGAUCGAGCAGUUCCUCUACGGGCUUCUUUGCAUACAUGCUGUAUUGCCCAUACUGGAAUACCUCCUCCCAAUGUAUGUGUUGGAACACCUCGCUGGAUGGCCCCUGAAGUACUUCAGGCAAUGCAAAAACCGAAAAAUUAUGGCCUGGAGGUGGAUAUCUGGUCAUAUGGUUGUUUGCUUCUUGAACUGUUGACCUUGCAAGUUCCUUAUUUGGACGUGUCAGAUUCUCUCAUUCAUGACCUUCUCCUGAAUGGAGAAAGACCGAAACUAACUGAUGAGAUGGAAGCAUUGGCUUCGUCGAGAGAUACUUCAAGUUCGGUGUCAGGAGCAGAACAGAAGAGACCAAGAGAAGAAAUGGAGUCAUUGAGGUUUCUUGUCGAUUUGUUCUACCGGUGUACUGAGAAAAACCCAGUUAACCGACCAUCAGCCAGAGACAUACAUGAGUCGGUGCUUUCCUGCACAAAAAACUUGGUCAGGGAUCCCGAUACGGAACAGGAGUAGUUUGUUAGUUUUAGAUCCAAAUAACCCAUUCUUCAGAAUCUUGGAAUUUUGCAGUUGUAGGGCAUUAUAAUUUAUGUAUUCUGUCCUUCCAGGGCGAGUCUUAUUUUGACUUACGGAAUAAUUGUCUUAGAUUCGUUUGCAGCCGUCCAGCUUAGGUUUUGUAGCAUAAUGUUGUAAUCCUUAUGUAUACAGUUAUGCAUUUCUGUAAGUCUUUAUGAGUUACUGUUGUUACCAGAGCUAGAAAAACCUGAAUUCCAUAUUCAGACGGUGGAUUGCUUACGGCAGUAAUGUUAAGUUGGCUUAAUGAGUUUCCAAUUUUGUGCUGA